AUGAAGGACGUGAAAAUUGAAGAUUGUGAGGCGGAAGCAGUAUAUCCUUUGAUAUCUGCUGAAUCAAAUUCACUCUUUGCUUUAAUGUGGACUCAGAAUCUUGCAGCUUUGGCUGCUGGAACAGGCACGAAUGCUUCAACAAAUUCAUUUAUACAGCCGCUGUUGAAUUCAACGUCGGGUACUUUGCAACAGCUCAAUCCAUUCUUACAAACACUUGCAGUACAAUCUGGAAUUGGUUUUGCUUCACCAAAAACGAAUUCGGUCAUAGCAUUUCCCUCCGGUAAAGAGAUUGAAAGCACAGACAAAGUUCUGUGUCGCAAUCCGAAUGCAACUGGAAAUGAGCAGGACGCCAAAAGGAUACGUCUUUCUUCUCAUUCGCUGAAACCCUCCACAUCCCAGCAUAUCAGCACUGUUUCAUCAACUGCUGUUAGAGGUGUAUCUGGUAGUAACGGUGAUAUUACAACAGGUAACGUUUCAUUUUUAUCAUUCAAUGAGAAUAUGAGUAGUGGAUUUGUGAGUGCCAAGGAUGGUGGGAAUGGCUGGAUUACAGUAGCACUGAGGUUGAAUAGUGUGGGACGCUUAAGAAUCAAUUAA